AUGCGCGAAUGGCUCGCCGCUAGGGCGCAUCAGCUCGAAACGGAACUACUGAGCGUCAAGAAUCUGCAUAACUCAACGCUCACCAUCACGCAAAUCCCCAACGAGCUGUUCCUCGAGAUCCUCCGCCUCGCUUCUCCGCCAAAUUACGACGUGUCAUGGAUAGCCACAGCGAUGGGUGUGUGCAGACACUGGCGAGACAUCAUUGCGGCGACGCCUCUCCUCUGGUGCUCAUUCACAUUGUUGCAAAACGUGCGGUAUAUGGAGCUGUGUCUGGCACGCUCGAAAAACACGUCUAUCUCUAUGGACUUUCGGACGGAC